AUGUCAAGCCCUCAAGCACCACCACCUUCUUGGGAUAGUCCUCCAAGACUAUCUCCCUUGAAGUCCAAGAAGAACCUUCUUCCCUACCUUGAAGCAGCCGACCUGGAGACCAUGUCUUUAGCUGGACCAGCUCUAGAUUGGGCGCAACAUGAACCACCUCUCAAUCGAGUCAUGGAUCGAUUUCAGAGAAGCUUUCUUGAGAGAUUUGCAAGGAGACCACCUUUCAAGUCUAAGUACAACCACUACUCUUAUCACAUGAAGUGGAGCGUGAUGAAGAAGAAUGGGGAGGCAUACAACCCCAUCCUGAGAUCAUGA